ACACGCCAGGGCUGCUCUCUGCUUUUGUUCUCUGUAGCGUUUGUUGCUGGACCUCGGGAGCAAUGGGAGCCCUUUAGCUGCCCAGUCCUGGAGAUCCCUGCAUUCCUGGAAUCUGCAACUUUCAUCUAGGGGCAGAAGGAAGAGGGGAACCGUUGUGUUUGAGACCCAGUACCACGACAGGAUUUUUAAAUUUUGGGCAAGUCAAUGUCCUUCCCGGGGCCUUAGAUGCCGCCUUUAUUUUGAGAGCAGGGACUAUAUAUUACUCCUUAUUUUAUCCCCAGCACCUAACACAUACUAGGUGUUUAAAAGAUACAAUGAAUGAAUAAACAAACCAACGAAUGCAUGGUGAGAAGGUGGACUAAAUGAUCCCUGAGGUCCUGGGCCUUACCCAAGACUGCAAGAGUGAACAUAAACUCUGGGAAGACAGGAAUUUUGUCUUUGGCACUGAAUAUAUUCCUAGUGCCCUGUUCCAGUUCCUGGUGCAAGGCAGAUGGCUCUUCUUCAGGCCAAUAAGGAUCUCAUUUCUACAGGAAUGAAGGAAUUUAAUGUUCUGCUGAAUCAGCAGGUCUUCCCUAAUCCUCCUAUACCUGAAGAAGCCAUGGUGACUAUGGUGGAUGACUGGGUGAACUUCUACAUCAACUAUUACAGGAAGCAGAUGGUAGGGGAGCAGCAAGAGCAGGAGAGGGCUCUACAGGAACUUGAGCAAGAGCUAAGAACUCUGUCUGCCCCUUUUCUGACCAAGUAUAGGGCAUUCUUGAAGUCCUUUUGAGCACCUAAAUCACUCACUGCCUUUCUCCUAGCCCGAAUACCCAGGCCUGCAUCUCUAAGAAACCCUUAAAUCCUGCCUCUGUGUUCUUCAAGUGCUCGGGCUCUGCUCCUUCAUGGUGUUAUUCUACCCUGACACCUCAAUAAAGACCAAAUUGGUUUGCUGGUC